AUGCUACAAAACAGUAUUUUGCUAGCGUCGGUAAUUGAUUCCAUAUGCUCUGUAUAUCAACUACAAUACAACAAACAAAAGAAGACCAUUUAUGGAAUUUCUUUUGAUUACACACUUUUUUCAGUUCUUAGCCAGUUCCUAUCUAUACUAUCAUCCUUUCUAUAUAUACACACAAAUGAGUACUCAAUACGAUAUCCCAUUUAUCCCAACUUACCAAUUUCUUUGCCGUUGGUUGUCUUUCAAGUUUUACAAUGCUUUUUUCUAAUUUUGGUGUUGUUGCAAUUGAGAAUAUACAUCAACACACGAAAUACAAAUCAGGGAAUCAGUCCCUAUAGUUUAAUCUUUUUGGGAUCACUAGCUCUAUUUCUAAGUUGGAUUCUGAAAUUAUACAUUUAUAGACAAGGGAAAAUUAUAUCUUUGGACUUGAUUGAUUGGAUAUGGUAUGCUGGAAGAAUCAUAUCUUGUGUCAAAUUUAUGCCUAUCAUUUCCAUGAAUUGGUUUGACCAAUGUGUAAUUGGAAUGUUUCCCUACUGGUCUCAUUUUCAAAUUCUGGUUUUACUUUUACAAUUAUUGGGAAAAUAUUCAUACUUUUUUAAAUGGUGGCAAAUCCCAGUCAACUAUCCAACAUGGCUAGAAGUUCAGUUUCAAAUGCUAUGUAUUCUAAUAAUCAGAGUUCAAAUUUAUAUCUAUAAAAAUAACAAACCAUCUUUGGAGGUGCAAUAA